AUGUUAUCUGAGGACGAAUCUGAGGGAGCUGCCUCUUAUGAUUCUGAAACUGAGGCAUAUUUCUUGGAAGGAGAGGAUAUCGUUUUGGAUUGUGGCACUGAUUCCGACUGGGAGCCCCCAGCACCGCCCCCAGCGCCAACUUGUUCUUCCAGCCGGACCCCUGCUGUCUCUGGGCCAUCUACCGGUGUGAAGGCACCGACAAAGAAGCGGAAGAGGGGAAGUGUGCCACCUGCUAGAGAAGGGACAGAAGGGCGUUGGCACACUGUCCUGGAAGAUGAUGUGGAGCCACCCCAGCCAACUUUCCGACCGAAAAGGGAGCCUGGACCUCAGGUGAACGCGAGCACAACAUACAGCCCACUUGAGCUUUUCCAGUUGUUUUUCACCCAUUCUGUUGUAGGUUCACUCGUGUCUAACACAAAUACGUUUGGGAAGAAGAAGCAGGCAGGCAAAAAGGUAGCAUGGAAGCCCGUAUCCAUGUCAGACUUUUACUGCUACCUUUCACUGGUCAUCUACAUGGGGCUGGUGAAGCUGAAAAGCCUGACUGACUACUGGAAGACGUCAUCACUCUACCAACUGCCUUUCCCCAUGACUGUUAUGUCCUGCAAAAGGUUUCUGGUUGUUUCACAGGCUCUUCACAUCAGUGACCCAAAGGUUGAUGAAGAGAAUGACAAGAAGAAAGGCACAGCAACGUUUGAUAGACUGUGCAAAAUCGAACCUCUCUACUCCAGCAUUGUUGAGGCCUGCAAGACCUACUUUCAGCCAGCCCAGAACCUGUCCAUCGAUGAGGAUGGUAGCCUCAAAGGCCAGAAUUGGCCUCAAACAAUACAUGCGUAA